CGACAUUCACGUAUUCGGGCAACGGCCUUCGACGCGAAAGUCGAGACGCGUCGUUCGUUUUAUCGCGACGCGCGUCUGCGAUAGUGCUCGAGCCGUUCCUUGUCGUUCAGUUUUUUCCUUUCCGAAAUUUGCAAAUUGAAAAGCUUGCAGUUUUCAAGUAAUAACCAACUUUAAAUAACAAUCGAAACGGAGUUCGUUAUCGUUUCCCCUCAAUUUUUCGGUAUCUCGAUAAAGUUUAUUUUUAGUGUCGCGCGUCAUAUCUGAAAUGUAGUAUGACAGGCAACACUGGCUCACACUUCAUUAUCUAAUAUGAUCUUUUGCAUCUGAUUAUGCAAAUUGAGAUAGAGGGACACCAUGCAUAAAAAUGGACCACCUCCACCUUAUGAACCACCACCUUAUGCGCCGCCCGCUUACUCUCAGCAUGUGGGAGGUGUACCUCCAGCUAGUCCAUUUACACCUGCACAAACUUAUGCAAAUGGGCCCACUAUAGUCACGACUAUUGUACCUCUUGGACCACAGUCAACUCAUACAAUUUGUCCACAUUGCCAUGCUGAAAUAGAUACAACAACAAAAACUGAACCUGGCAUGAUCGCUUACAUUUCAGGUGUUAUCAUAGCAUUGCUAGGAUGUUGGUUUGGUUGCUGCUUGAUUCCCUGUUGUAUUGAUGAGUGCAUGGACGUUCAUCAUACCUGUCCAAACUGUAAAGCUUAUCUGGGACGUCAUAGAAGAUAAGUGGAUUGUAUUAAUACGUCCACGCAUUAUUGCAUUUGAAUGUUGAAAUGUUUACAAUAUUACCAAGGAUUCCAAUGGAUAUGUUAAACUUGAUUCUGACAUUGUACAUUUUGAGGGCUACAGGGCUCUAUAAGAGAGAUGUAGCGAAAGAUGUAGCAGCUUAAAUCAGAUGAUACAAUAAGAUCUUUAUAAUGAAGGAUGCACAAUAUCUAAAUAAUAAUUUAGUUUUAUAUAAAUUUUAACAUUCAAUUUUGUUGCAUGCAAUUCGUUAUAAUCUACACGAUUUUUGUAAAAAUAUUGUUCGUGUUUUUGAUUAAGUUGAUAUUAUAUAUGCAACUCGUAAUCUCUUGCACAAUUUUUAUAAAAAUAUUUUUAUACUUUUAUCAUAAAACUGGUAAAACUUGUGUUUAAGAUUUUUGGUAGCAAGAAUCGUUUCAAAACACUUUUAUAAAACAUAAAGAGAUUUACACUUCCACAUCGAUUUGUGCUUCCACAUUACUGGCCUGUGGUCAACAUGACGCUAUAAAUGCUUUGAAGCGUUUAUUUAAGUUGACAGUAGCUAUUAAUAGAUCUUAUUCAUUUUUAUUAUUGCCGUAAAUAUGUACCAUAGGCUUUCUGCAGCAUUAAUUUUUAAAGAUUAAUUCAUUAAUCAUGAUUAAUGUCAAUUUUUAUUUAGAUGUUAUGUUUAUGUUUGAGACAAAAUAUUUUAAGAUUGGCUAUAAAACUGAUAGGCAGCAAUAUGUGCAAUAUUCUUAUUCAUAUAAGCCGUCCAAUUCUAUAAAAUAUGCAUUAAUAAAUUUUCUUUGUAAAUUUAAAUUGGAUCAUAACAUAAAUGGAGAUUGUUCCAAAUAUUUAAGCAUAGUUUAGAGAGAUUAUCAAAUGAAGAUUGAUGAUAAAUGAUAUAUCAUGUUUUUAUCAUUAAAUAAAUGGUAGCUGAUAUAUCAUUCUAAAGAACUUGGAAGAACAGAAAUCUCAUGUUCGUUUAGAAAGAAAAGAUACGCACGCUCACGCACGCACACACACACACACACACACACACACACACACACACACACACACACACACACACACACACACACCCACACACCCACACCACGCGCGCGCGCGCGUAAUUAUUAAUUUUGUAUACGUUAUAAAAGCGACUACAAACAUUUUGAUCAAUUAUCAUGCGUGCAAAUAAUAAAUUUGAUAAAGUAAUAAAUAAUUGCCAUUUGAUAAAAUAAACUCACGAUAUUAUUUUGAGAGAAUUUGUGCUAAUAGCUUCAUAGGCUAAUGUAAUUAUAGAAUAAUAUUUAAUACACAAAUGAUGUCGAGUAAUCGAAAAUUAGCUACGCUUAUUUUGUGUGUGCCUCAAAAUUGUUCAAGACUGUAGACCUCCUGUGCUCUUAUUACAAAAUAACUUCUGUUUUGUUACACAUGUAAAAGAAUAUGAACAAUAAGUGAAUAUUUAGCUUGUAUGCUCACAUAUUUGAUAUAUCUUGUUGCACAUUUUAUCUUUGAUAUGCAUAUGUAAUAUUUGCGACGUAGUUAAAAAGAAAAAUAAAAACUUGAAAUAAUAUUGUACAAUCUUAAAAUUUUUUAAUACAUACGAUAAUAAAUAUUAUUUUACUGCUA